CAACUUUCAUACUUAAUCAAAAUUAAUAUAUAAAUUAAAUUGACAUGGUUAUGGUUUGUUGAGUAUGUUUGUUCUUGUAUUUAGAUGCAUUUUUAUAUUUACGGUUUAAAUAAAAAUUCAAUUAGUGAUAGAUAUGGGAACAGAAAUAUUAACGUCAUUUGGGAACCUCCAAAACGAGUUGGAAGAGGCAAAAAACAGUUUAAAGGGUGUAGAUGAAAGUAUAAAAAGGUUACUCGGGAGAGAUCCCUCUGAAUUACCCCAAAGGAAUCUUGUCAAAAGACCACUAGAUGAUAAAAGUCGGACAGUUUCGAAAACUAUUGGCAGAACUCGACUUAUUACAGAAAAUGAAGAACCUCCUAUAAAAAGAAGAGGUGCUGGCUCUGUAUUUAAAAGAUUAUCUGAUAAAGUUCCUGAUGAUGAUCCACCUAUUCUUCAUAAGGGGUUGAUAAGUAAGGUAAUAGUGACACCAAAAGAAAUACCUAGUAGAGAACAAGCUCUCGAGGCACAAAAUAGAGAUGAAAAGUUUAAAGCUAGAAAUAAACGGAUGUUUGGAGCUUUGUUGGGUACUUUGCAAAAGUUUCAACAAGAAGAAACUAAACUCAAACAAAGGGAACAGAAACGAGCAGAACUAGAGAAAAAGAUUGAAGAACAUGAAAUCAAAGAAAAGGAAGAAGUGAGAAGAGAACGACAAGAACUGUUUUUCAACCGUAAAAAAAAGCAAGCUGAAAUCAAAAUCAUUGAAUUAAAAAUGUUGAGGAUGAAAGAGUAUGCUAGUUGGGAGCAGAGUCAAAAACCCAGAAUUAACUUUAUUCAGACAAAAGCAAAACCACAUAUUCAUUAUCUACCAAGAAAAAUGACAGAUCAUACUAAAAAUCUACUUCAAGAGAGCUCCAAAGAAAUCGUGGAUAUGAUCGACAAAAAAAAGAAGCAAGUAGCAGAUGAACUAGAGCAUAUAGAAAUGAGAAUGAAGAAAAACUUUGGAAAACUUGGAAUGCAAAAAGAAAAUGUAACCGAUCAAGAAGGCUCCCAUGAUCAGCAUGUUAAUGAUGAAGACCAUGUUGAUGAAAACGAGAUAGAUAAUAGUAUCAACUCAAACACAGAUGUACAAGAAAAAAAAGUACAACCAGAAUUAGUUAAUACAGAAUUGAGUAGCAUUCAGUUACCAGUGGAUAAAGAAACUAAUAGUAUAUCAGAAGUAAAUACUAGAGAAGAAUCCAAUAUUGAUAAUGUUGUUAAGAAUUCUACAUCUCAAUCAGAAUAUUAUGAAGAAUCGCAGAGCAAGGAUCCUGAUAAUUUUAAAAAUCAUGGAUCACAAAGUGAUUUGGUACCUUCUGAAUAAAUGCACAUCUUUCAACAGGAUGGACGUUGUUUUAGACAGAGAAUAGUGAUUAUCAAGUCAAGUAUUUUAAAGUGUACAAAAUACAAAUAUUUUUCCAUUGGAGAUUCAUUUUGCUAUUAUUAAUUUGUGAUUUUUUGUUUGUUGUGAGUGACAUUGUUUUAUACAAUAUAUGAAUGACGCAAUAAAGUUAAUAUUCCAGAUUGUACAAUUAAAAUCAUUUAUCAUCAACGA